UUCCCAAAGAUCACUAUAGAAGAAAUGGCUAGUAGUAUUACAAAUACAAUAAUACAAGUAUACCAAGAAGCUAAAAUAAUACCUAAAGCAGAAAUGGAAGUCUAUAUUCUACAAGUAGAAGACAGAAUCGUAGAAGAUAUA